AGUUAAAGAAAAGCUAAAACGGCCUACCUAAGUUGCCUUCCAUUCAACGUUUCUUGCUCUUCAAAAGCACCAGUGUUUAGGGGCUUCUGCUUCCCAUAGUGCUUUUCUUUCUCUUAACGUCUGAAUCCAUCUUUCAGCUUAUACAACAACUUGUUCCCAUGGCUUCUUUUCUUUUAUUCCUCUGUUUCCAAUCACCCGUUCCUUUUCCUUAAGCUUUAUUUCUCUUUUGCUCCUUAGAAAAGCACGUUUUGCAUGAGUCUUUUCUGGUUCUGCUUUCUAUAUAAGGUGUUUUAAGAUUUGGGAGUUGAAGCUGUUGGUUGGAAGAAGCCAUAGAAGUUUGAGAGUUUGUGAGGAGGCUACCGAAGGUGGAUUGCGAAUCAAGGGUUUUAGACAAGAAUCAUUGGGGUUUUAGGGUAUCAUAAAAGGAAGAAAUGGAAAACGUUCCAGCUGGGAUUGUUGAGGAGGAGGAUCAUAUCGAUUUGCCGCCAGGAUUCCGAUUCCAUCCAACCGAUGAAGAGCUUAUUUCUCACUACUUGCACAAGAAGGUGAUCGAUACCAGCUUCUCUUGUAAAGCAAUUGGGGAGGUGGACUUGAACAAGUCGGAGCCUUGGGAAUUGCCUUGGAAAGCGAAAAUGGGAGAAAAGAAGUGGUACUUUUUUUGUGUGAGAGACAGAAAGUACCCAACUGGUCUGAGGACAAACAGGGCGACAGAAGCCGGAUACUGGAAAGCUACAGGGAAGGAUAAGGAGAUUUACAGAGGAAAAUUUCUGGUUGGGAUGAAGAAAACCUUGGUUUUCUACAAAGGAAGAGCUCCCAAAGGAGAAAAAAGUAACUGGGUGAUCCAUGAAUAUAGAUUGGAUGGUAAAUUCUCUGUCCACAACCUCCCCAAAACUGCAAAGAAUGAAUGGGUGAUCUGCAGGGUUUUUGAAAAGAAUUCUGGUGGCAAGAAAAUCCAUAUUUCUGGAUUUGUGAGUGUGGGUUCUCUCGGAAAUGAAAUCGGUCCUUCUGGCUUACCGCCAUUGAUGGAUUCUUCGCCCUAUAGCGCCGCCAAGGCCAAACCUGCUUCCGAGUCCCAUUACGUGCCCUGCUUCUCCAACCCUGAUCCCACUGAUGUUCAAAGAAACCAAGGGAAUAUUUUUGAUUACAUGAACAACAAUACUCUCUUUGGUGUUUCUUCAAACACUUCCAACUCUUUCCCAAUAAUCCCAUUUCCCAAUUCAUUCUACUCUGCUCAUAAUGCUCCAAUUUCGCCGAAUUUUCAGUUCCCGUGUUCAAAUUUACUGCAAGAUCAGUCCAUCUUGCGGGCCUUGUUUGAAAACAAUGCAGCAAACAUGAGGCAGCAUAGCUUCAAAACAGAGAGAGAAAUGGUGAGUGUGUCCCAAGAAACCGGCCUCACAAGCGAUAUGAACACUGAAAUCUCUUCAGUCAUGUCAAAUCUUGACAUGUCAAGAAGGCCAUUUGGUGAUCAAGAUCCUCCAGCUGCAGCAGCAGGCCUGGAUAAUUUUUGGAAUUAUUAAUAAUUUCAAACCAGCAAAAUAAGGCUAAUAUAUAGUUUUAUUAUUAAAAAAAAGAAGGAAAAAAAAAAGCAGCUUCAGCUAGUAUUAUUGGUGUGAGUUGAUAGUGUACAGAUAUUCUGAAUUUAAAGUGAAUAUUGAAUGAAAGUGAAGCAUAUAAUUAUGUAAUGCAAGAAAUUAUAUGAUGUAUUUGUUUUUCUAUUUAAUUUUUGUGUAAAAACAAUAUUGGUGACAUAUGAGAAUGAGAUUCAGUUGGUGGUUAUGAUUUUA